AUGGCUGGCCACUAUGAUGCUUCCAAUAAGAAACUAACAAUGGAAAGUGCUGAUAAUCUGAGUAGGUUGCCAGAAGAAAUUCGAAGGCACAUUCUCACCUUCCUUCCAACAAUUGAUGCUACACGAACUAGCAUUUUGUCUAGAACCUGGAGGACAACAUGUUAUUCCCUUCAAAAUCUUUGUUUUGACUAUAAUCAGUUUCCGGAAAUGGAAAGGAAGAGGGAUAAUUUUGUCAAUUUCAUCAAUCAAGUACUUGCUCUACAUGAUGAGUCAGAUAUUCAUGUGUUUGAAUUCUGCCUUUCUACUUCAAAUCACUAUAAUUUUCUGAUCAAGAAUGAUUGGAUUGUAUUUGCUGUACUGCACAAUGUUAAGAAGCUUGUCCUCUAUGGAAGCAUUGAUGAAGUCCAAAAGCUUCCAGAUUGUUUAUUUGCAUGCAAGUCCCUUGUCAAACUGGAAUUGGCAUUAGUAAAUGAUGUUCUCGUGUGGCCUAAAACCUUUGAACUUCCCAACCUCCGAAAACUAAGCCUCAAGUUUUUGGUACUGUCUGAGCAGGGUUUAAGACAAGAACUUUUCUCGAGUUUGCCGGCACUAGAAAAGCUGUCAAUUUUCUUUUGCAAUAUCAAUAGUUUUAAAGUUCUUUCUGUUUCUGCUGCCAGAUUAAAAACUUUUAUCAUGUGUAGCUGUCCAGGGAUGGAUGGAUGCUCCAUCAGCAUUCAAGCUCCAAAUCUCAUGCAAUUUAUAUAUGCUGGUGGUGUUAGAAGAUGUUAUGAUUUUAACAUACCUCCACAUACGUUAAAAUUUGUUGCUAAUGCUGAAGUUCCUUGUAUAAUGAAAAUCAGAAGCAUCGAUGAAUUUAGUCAAUCUGUGAUCAAAAUUACCAGGGAGCUUUUUAAGGCAACUCGUGUAGAAUUCAACCAUCGGCUUAUUCAGGCUCUUUCCAUGGCCCGUGAUCUGCGAAGACGCUUUGCUUCUAAUAUAUUUUAUAAUACGAAGUCCUUGACAAUUAAUUUGUGGCCAAAAAAGGACUACAUUGAGACAGCAAUGGUUGUCGUCUGUAGAUGUCCAAACCUUUCUGUGCUUCGGCUUAACAUUGUGAGAUCAGAAGGACAAAUUCUUGUAAAUCCUGAUUUGGAGCUGAAUUUGGUAAAUGAUGAUGCUGUUGGAGCCUUUCAUAAAUUAAUAUAUGUUAUGAUAGAGAAUUUCGGAGGAAAUGAAAGCGAACUGGGGUUGGUGAAGUAUUUGCUGGCCAAUGCACAUUCAUUAUUUAGGAUGAGGUUUGUGAUGGACAUGUCUAGGAUUAAAAAUGAGUUGAAGUUGAAAUCCAAGAUACGUGAAUUUGAGAAAGCUUCUCCAUUUGUCGUUGUCAGAUUUGAGUAA